AUGGACUACGAAACAGAUGGAGACUACUACACUGAAGAAGUCGAAAAAAAGGCAUACGUUUGUUGCUUCGAGUCUGCAAUCCUGACGAUGCCAACACCUCCAAGUCACAUGGGCUGCGACGACGGCAAGGAGUCCAUUACAGGAUCAUUCAGCAUUACUCAGAUGAAUGAUUUUCCCCAUGCUGCUAUCUCUCACCCCAGGAUGUCAUCUUUCGUCUUUGCCGCUGCAUUCUUGUAUACUCAGCAAGGCUCCCAUGCCAUUGAUUUUGACGACUCCGAGACCACCGACUGGCCAGAUCAGGCAAAGGUGCAGUCUUCGAUCUCUGGAGCGUUCGACUAUCGUUACGCUGGCGUCAAGUACAGGUCAAGCUGA